AUGUCCGCCAAAGCUGCCCUGAAAGCAGCGAAAGCGGCGUUGGAUAAUCAGCAAUACGAUACCGUCAUCGAACAAUCAAACCAAGCACUAUCAACGGACCCUUCAAACUACUUUGCCAAACUGUUCCUUGGACGUGCCUACGAGAAACAAGGCAACUUUGACGACUCUGCCAAGAACUAUCGCUCAGCAGCACAGUCAAAACCAGACGAUACUCAAGGAUGGCUGGGUCUUUGCAGUGUCUACGAGGCACAGGAAUCGAGGAAGGUAGAUGAGUAUCGCGAAGCCGCUAUCAGUGCGGCGCAAGUAUUUGCUACAGCUGAGGAUCGCGAACGCUGCCAAACGACAUUUGAUAAAUUGAGGUCAUUCACCAAGAAAUAUGGCACGCCGGAGCAGAACAAGAAAGUGUUGAAGGAGCAACUUCCAGGCAGUGUUCUGUACGAGUUUCUGGAAGGCAGAAUUCCGCAUCCGUCGCAUACAUUCACGCGGCUAGCAGAGUUGAUCGAGGAUGAGGAAGGGAAGUUCAUCUCGAAGGAGAUUGCAGAGCGGAGGACGAGGAUCGGUGCGAGGGUGGGACAGGUCACUCUGGAUGUCAAGCGGGAGGUGUUCCGGACGAGCGAACUGGAAGAAGUCUAUCAACAGAUCAUCAAUUGGGCCAGCGAUGAUGAGAUCAGAAGACAGUACGAGGAGAAGCUACUUGAACGGGCUUAUGAGACGCUGACUGUUUUGCCAAUGGAGGAGAAGGCUGCGAAGCUUGAUCAAGUUCUGACUCUUGCUGAGGGCAUGGUCAUCAUCCACCAUCCUUUUCGACUAGCUUGGGACCUGGUCCUAGAGUCACGAGACAUGGAUGAACUAAGAGAUCUGGAUGCUGGAAUUCUGCGAGAGUACGUCAAAGUGUUCCCAGAUGGCGGACUUGCCAGGAUCAUGAAGGGUUGGUUGACGAGCGAGUUGUCUCCAUUCCCGCCGCCGCCAAAGUCCGAAGAUGACGACGAGAAGGAUGACAUCUUCAAGCCCAUGACUUCAGAAGAUCGACUACUCCUCUUAACGGAAGGCCUUGCUGUUGCAGAGCAGUCUCCGCUUGCGCAUCGCCUGGUCGCAGACUACUAUCUCCACAUCGAGGAGCAUCAAAGCGCAGCCGACACCUCUCGUUCCGGAUUGCAGACCGUGCAGACUGAGGGUAACAAGCUCGGUCUUGCAUUCCAGAACACCAAAGAUGCCCUCAAUUCAGUCUUGGCAACAUCUCUGGUCCACCAUCAGGCUCCGCGAAACCAUCCCGAGGCAAAGCGACUGUUCGAAGCGAUUCUCCAACGGAAACCGAAGUUCACAGCAGCACUAAUCGGCCUAGGCUUGAUCAUGGAAGAGAACGAGGACUAUCAAGACGCCAUUACAUUUUUCACCCGAGCUCUGGAAGAAGAUAAAGGCAAUGUCCGCGUGGGUACAGAGCUUGCUUGGUGUAGAGCACUAAGCGGUGAUUUCUCGCGGGCGGCCGAAGAGCUUGAAGACUUCCUCCAGCUCAUCCGAGCGGAUGAUCCUCGGACCAGAGAUCUGCGAGCGCAGACUUUGUACCGCAUAGGAAUAUGCUUGUGGGAAAUGGACACUUCGAAAGCUGCCCGCAAAGACAGGACUGGUGCUUACUCUCGCUUCAUUGCUGCGAUCAAGACGAACAUCAACUUUGCGCCGGCAUACACAAGUCUCGGAAUCUACUAUGGCGACUACGCCAAAGACAAGAGGCGAGCACGGCAGUGCUUUCAGAAAGCGUUCGAGCUGUCUCCCGCCGAGGUAUCCGCCGCAGAAAGGCUAGCCAGGACAUUUGCUGAUCAAGGCGACUGGGAAAUUGUAGAGGUCAUCGCUCAGCGAGUGGUCGACUCAGGUCGCACUCGUCCACCUCCAGGCUCCAAGAAGAAAGGCAUCAGCUGGCCGCACGCCGCCCUUGGUGUGGUACAAAUGAACAAGCAGGAGUACCAGAAAUCCAUUGUAUCGUUCUUGGCUGCACUCCGAAUCAGUCCGGACGAGUAUCAACCUUACGUCGGCCUGGGAGAGAGCUAUCACAACUCUGGGAGGUACAACUCGGCGCUUCGAACAUUCAACUAUGCUCUGGAACCGCACGACAAGGUGGAGUUGAAGAUCACUGGAGAGAGGUGGUUUGCCAAGUACAUGCUUGCCAACGUCCACCGAGAGCUGGGUGAGUUUGAGGAGGCGACGCAGGGCCUGCUGCAUGUCUUGGAGGAGCGACCAACCGAAUUUGGUGUGCUCAUGUCGUUGCUGCAGACACACGUGGAGCAUGCGUGGCGAUGUGUCGAGACUGGUCUGUUUGGUAGAGCCGUGCAGAGUGCGAAGGAUGCCAUUGAGAUUGCGAAGAAGAUUGCAGAGGGAAACACGAACGCUUUCAACAUGUGGAAGGCGGUAGGAGAUGCAUGCUCGAUCUUCUCUUGGGUGGGAAGUGCGAACGAGGAAUUCCCCGAGGAUGAUCUGCGGACUCUACUUGACACAAGUGCAGCUGCAGAGGUGUACGAGUCGCUGGCAGACGUCGAUCGGGUUUCGCUGGAGGCGCUGAAGAAGUCCGCGACGAACGGCACCACAGCAUCGCCUACAGCGCUUCCCAAGCCGAUGGUCGCCUCAAUCCUCGCAUUCAAGCGAGCAAUUCACUCUUGCUCACAUGAGAUCAACGCUCAAGCCGUAGCGUGGUAUAACCUUGGAUGGGCCGAACAACGUGCCCAUGCGAUCAGCGACGCCAAGACCGGCAAGAAGUACAGCAGCGCGGCCGUCCGCUGUUUCAAGCGUGCGAUUGAGCUCGAAGCAGGCAACGCGGAGUUCUGGAACUCGCUUGGCGUGGUCACUACCACCCUUAAUCCGGCCAUCGCACAGCACUCAUUCGUCCGCUCUCUUCACCUCAACGAACUGAAUGCCAAAGUUUGGGCCAACCUCGGCGUCCUCUACCUACUGCAGAACGACAUGGAACUUGCCCACCAAGCAUUCGGCCGUUCACAGAGCACAGAUCCAGACUACGCUCACGCAUGGAUGGGAGAAGGUCUCAUCGCUCUGCUCACCGGUGACUCGUCUCUGGCCCUCAGCCACUUCACUCACGCUUUUGAGAUCUCUGAUUCGACAUCCCUCCUCGUCAAACGGCACUACGCCCUCUCGACAUUCGACUACCUACUCACCUCUCCGUCCUCCUCCAACGACCUCACGAAGCUCAUUCAGCCGCUCUUCGCCCUCUCCCAGCUUAUCACUCAGUCUCCCCACGACCUCCCCUUCCGCCACCUCUCUGCCCUGUUCCUCGAACGAGUGGGCUCCCAUCUUAAUGCGAUCGAAGUUCUUACAUCUCUUUGCAACGACGCAGAAGCCGAAUACGAGACGACCGAGUCUGAUGCGGCUCUUGCACGUUUUGCGCAAGCGAAAGCAGAUCUCGCGCGGAACCAACUCGCAGCGAAAUCUUUCUCCAAUGCAGCAGAAAGUGCAGAGACAGCCCUUGACCUUUCGUCUGACGCAGAUAACUCCGGUCUUGACGCCGACUCACGAAGGAAGCUCCGUCUAUCUGCGCAUCUUACUGCUGGAUUAGCGUUACAUAACGAGGGAAAGAUGGGUGAAAGUGUCAGCAUGUUCAAGGCCGCACUGGAGGAGAGCAGCAACGAUCCAGACGUUGUAUGCUCGCUUGUCCAAGUCCUCUGGGCGCAAGGAGGUUCGGAUGAGAAAGCUGUCGCAAGGGAGCAGUUGUUCGAAUGUGUGGAAAAGUCACCUGAGCAUGUCGGUGCCGUGACGCUCUUAGGUGCUAUCGCUGCGCUGGACGAUGAUCAAGAUACUGCUGCAGCUGUGAAGGACGACUUGAUCGUGCUACGGACGAAAGAUGGUCUCUCGACGAAGGACAUUUCGGGCAUUGAGACGUUGCUUUCCUCAUUGGCAGCUUUGUCGCCCGGAUCCGAGGCAGACUCUCUCACUGAGGCGCAGGCAUCGAUCCUGCUUCGACCAAAUGACCCGCAGGCCUGGACGAACCUAGCAAACCUUUCGGGAGAGGCUACGGCUGCCGAGAUGGCGUUGAAGACGGCUGCAAAAGCUGUUCCGCCAAGCGGCGAUAUGCAGGCCAGCGACUUGAGUCUCGCUUUCAAGGGUGUGGGCACACUUGGUGAUUCGCAGAGAGGGAGGGUGCUCGCACCGUGGGUUGGUGGACAGUGA